AUGAAGAGACUGCAGCUCCAACGAUGGAGCAGCUCAGUCCUUGCACCUCGGGCUCGGACUGUCAACCGUCUGCACCAACACAUCUACGGACAGCGGUAUCAAUCGACCGUUUCCCCGGUCCAGGCUCGGGAUGAUCAGACUGCAGCAAUUUUCGAGGACUCAACAACACAAGAUGAGCAAUUGGCUCAAAUCGUCAAGGACUCCCACACCCGCCGCUCGCAUCUCCAAUAUCCCUCACCCCCAGUCGAAGCAGCCCAACAAUCUGCAAAACUCGCUGCUCUCCACGCUCGACUUUACCUCCCCUCCAGAUUACCUGUCCAGACGCUUGCACGCGCACUAGUCGACCAAACCGCAGACCCUAACCCCAACUUCAACAAUGCAUCGCUGGCAACUCUCGGCCACGACCUCCUUUCCUACUACGCAACCGAGCACCUUAUUUGCACUUAUCCGCGUCUGCCUUUGACCGUGAUUUUUGCGGCCAUGUACGCAUAUGCUGGACCCAAGACUCUCGCUGCUAUGGCAAGAGAGUGGGGUGUCGAAAUGGCCACCUUGCCGGGUGGAGAGGUUGAUCCCGGUCUGUUGCAGUUCCGGAGGGUCGAGCCUGGCAGUGAAGUCGAGACCGGCUCAAGCAGAUCGGCACGCCCAUAUGAACAUAACAAACUCUGGAGGAAGACUGUCACUUCCAAGGUCUUCUAUGAUGAUGAAUUUGGUGACCCACUCAAGGGCCCUGGGAUGUCCGCCGGCGGUGUCACUACCGAGCAAGCGAGUGCAGAGUUCGUCCGCGCCGUCAUGGGCGCGAUCUACCUGCACGCUGGCCGUGCUGCCGCCAAGCGAUUCUUCGAGCAGCACUUCCUCUCACGACACCUCAACAUCUCUGAAUUGUUCAACUUCCGGGCACCGGCCCGUGACCUGACCCGCUUGUGCGCUCGCGAGAGCUUCGAGCGCCCUGUUGCCAAGGUCAUCAGUGAGACUGGUCGUCACAGCAGACACCCCGUCUUUGUAGUUGGUAUCUUCUCUGGUCAGGACAAGCUCGGAGAGGGCGCUGGCGCCAGUCUGAUUGAGGCCCGCGAGCGUGCUGCUGUCGCCGCGCUCAAGGGUUGGUACCUCUACAGCCCGCUCAAUGUGCGCGUCCCUAGUUCGAUGGAGGAGCCAUCGGCCCUGCCAUGGAAGCCGGUUCACGUCGACUUGGGCGAGGUCAUUGUUUAA